UUUAAACGUAAUGAUUGUGCUUAACAACAAUAGUUCAGUUAAAUGUACAAACUCAACAUGAGAGCUGCAAUUAUCCUGGUGCUUUCCUUUAUUUUGGGGCUGGGACCCCUUGAGGCUAGUUUCAUUCAUCCUCGUAUCAUAAAUGGGCACAAUGCAACAUCCGGCCAAUUCCCUUGGAUAGUGACAAUUACUGGAAAAACGAAAUCCGGUGAUCAGACUUUUUGCAAUGGUGUCCUAGUAUCGAAUAAGGCCAUUCUGACUGCGGCUCAAUGCUUAGACGGUAUUAAGAGGGUUUCGGUCAGCUUAGGAUCUGUAAAACGUGAUGUGCCAUUGGUUCACACAACAAGCCAUCACUUUGCUAUUCAUCCAAAAUACAACGCUACCACAUUUGCUAACAAUAUCGGACUUAUCACGCUAGCCAACCCGCUGAGCUUCACCAAGUUCAUAAAAGCAAUCCAACUUCCGUCUUACAUACAUCGAAGCGAUACCUUUACAAAUUCCAUCGCCACCCUCGUUGGUUUCGGUCGGUUGGGUAACACGGGAUCACCCGCUUCCCGUUUACAAUUUGCCAAAGUGAAAAUACUUCCAGAGAAAAAGUGUCAAUCCUACUACGGGUCAUUAGUGAGCACAACCAACACAAUGUGUUCAGUGGGAAGUGAAAACGAUGUCCAAGGAGCUUGUCCUAACGAUAAUGGCAGUCCCCUUAUAAUAACGGAAAAACUUACAGACAUUCUUAUCGGAAUAGCAUCUUUUAUCUCAACGAAAGGAUGUGAAGCAGGGCAUCCCACCGGAUAUGUACGAAUUGGACCCUAUGUUACGUGGAUACGCGAACAUAUUGGCUAUUAAAAAAUAAAUCAUUCACCUGGAAUUUCAUGAAUUGCUUUAAUGUUAACAAAGCUAAAUGAGAAAAAUUAUAAAAUAAAAAUUUGAGGAUUGGUUGCUACGAUACAUUGAAUAGUUGGCUUCAUUAAAAGAUAGAGGAAUGUAACAAUU